GACAAAUAUUCCAAAUGUUAUAGCCAAUGGGCAAUCCCUCUUUUUUUUCUUCUGACUGACAUAGUUGCCACCUUGACAUCAUUUCUUAGCUGCAACAAGUUGCUAUCGGCAGUAAAACUUUACACCAACGCUGUUAGUGUUAUGCAUCUGUUAAAUGCACCAACUUGGCCACACUGCACUCUAGCCGACGACUGUUAACAAUGGUAAACACUGGAAAGUUACAGGGUAAAACGCUCUUCAUUACGGGCGCAUCUCGUGGCAUUGGAAAGGCGAUUGCUUUGAAAGCGGCGCGCGAUGGCGCAAAUAUUGUUAUUGCCGCCAAAACAGCUGAGCCACAUCCAAAAUUAUCCGGCACUAUCUACACGGCCGCAGAGGAGGUAGUUAGGGCGGGUGGCAAAGCGCUACCCUGUAUUCUGGACGUUCGCAAUGAGCAACAGGUUCAACGCGCGGUUGAGGCAGCAGCUGCAUAUUUCGGAGGCAUAGAUAUCUCGCAACGCAGAGGUCAUGGCAGAUGCAGCUUAUGUAAUAAUUUGCCGAGACUCCAGGGCAUAUACAGGUAACUUUUUUAUUGACGAUGAGGUUUUAUUGAACGUGGGGCUUAAAGAUUUUGGUAAAUAUGCCUGUCACCCAGAAAAUAUGCACAAAUUAAAAUUAGCUUUGUUCAUGGAAGAUGAAGGUCUAUUAGCAAAGUUGUAAUGGUCGGUUAGCCAAACAUUUGUUGAGUAAUUUAAAUAAAUCAAUAGUAUAGUUUAAAUAAGUUUUCAAAUGCGACCAUAUAUUUUGAAAUUUAAUUGUUUUGGUAUAAUUCAAAAUGGUAUUUGGUCAAUUUAAUAAUAACAAGAUUUGGUCACACUGGACUUCAGCGCUCUUUAGAUUAGCAGAAUUUGCCAGCAAUAACAAU